AGUUGCCCAGACGCUGUCACGGGCGUAGCUGGAUGCUGGAUCGUCUCUCUCUCUCGCGCACGCGUGUGCCGCAGGGAGGCGCUUCCUUUUCUUCUUCCUCUUCCUCCUGAUCACGUCCCACGUCGCCCUCGUCGUUGACGACGUCGCCGCCGCCGCCGCCGUCGUCGUCGUCGUCGUCAUCGUCGCCGUCGCCGUCGCCAUCGCCGUCGUCGCCGCCGCCGUUGUCGUCGUUGGCGAUCAUUUCUGAUCGCCGCGUCGCGCUCGUUGACGCGACCCGAUCGUCACCCCCGGGAACAGGGGGAAGGUGCCGGGGAAAAGGGAGGCCGACGACGAAGAGUUCCUCCUGCCGGCGUGACCGAGGGGGAGGGGGAGAGAGAGAGAGACAGGCAGACAGAUAGAGUUAGAUCGAGAAAGAGAGAAAGUGAAUAGGUGGACCAAGACGAGAAGGGGAGGGAGAGGUGGACGAGAGAAACGAAGGAACAUAGAGCAAGAUAAAGACCGACCGACCGACGAGAAGAUAAGGGAGAGGUGUUGCUCAAGCAGUGCUCUGUGUAUGGUGCAGUGCGGUGCUGUGCUCAAGGGGGAGAGAAUGGCGUGGACGGAUUUCGCGUGCGUCUCGCCGUGACGUAGAGAGAGAACAACAACUGCAGCAUCGCGAGGGAGCAACAAGUCUUCCUAUUAAUAAGUAGCUGCACUGCCCUGUCACGGACGUGUAGCGAGUUGGUCAUGUCGCAUGACAGCUAGAAUAGCGGUCAGCAGCAGGACAGGCCGAAAGAGGGAUGAGGGUGUUGGAGUCAGGGCGGAUAUACCGGAUGCAAUCGGAUCUGAAAGCGUGGCGUGCUAAGCCGAGGAAUGGAGGGAACGCGGCAGUGGGAGCAGCAAAAGCACUGCCAUAUCAUUCUGCUCAACUCUUUGUCGUACCUAAAGGAGAAUCCGGAACAGGCUGCAGUUUCAGAUGAACAAGAGCGGCUGCACGAUCGCUACGGCAGGGAAGCAGACACCUUAGAGACCAGGAGUCGCAUGCCUGGUCUGUAGCGCUCGGUAAGAAAGACAGGGGGCCCCCCAUCACAGGCCGUUACCGAGAGGAGAAGAAGAAGAAGAAGAAGGGGUCGUCAUGGGCCCGGCAACCCAAAUCGUACCCCAUUGAGCGAUGCAAGUAGUUAGGGCCGGGGCCCUGCUAGUGAGCAUGUGGCUCACUAGAGAAUGAAGAAGCAAAACGUCCGGACUUUAACGUUGAUCGUCAUCACGCUUACCUAUCUCCUCAUCGGUGCUGCUAUCUUCGACGUACUCGAGUCCCGCACGGAGAAACUGCGCAAAGAAGCAUUGGACGCCGUUGAGAAAAGGGUCAUAAGGAAAUACAAUAUAAGUGAGGAGGACUUCAAGAUCAUGGAAACAGUGGUGCUGAAGACGGAACCUCACAAAGCUGGCCAACAGUGGAAGUUCACUGGCGCAUUUUAUUACGCUACAACGGUCCUCACCACAAUAGGUUACGGACACUCGACGCCAAAUACUAUAGGCGGCAAACUGUUCACGAUGUUCUAUGCGAUUAUCGGUAUCCCAUUAGGACUUGUAAUGUUUCAGAGCAUAGGUGAACGCUUGAAUAAGUUCUCGUCUGUCAUGAUACGGAACGUAAAGCAGCUUCUAAACUAUAAGGACGUCCAGGCCUCGGAGUUAAAUCUCAUCUGCGUAGUGACGACGUUGUCUGUCGUGACUAUCGCUGGCGGCGCUGCCGCAUUCUCCAGGUACGAGGGAUGGUCCUAUUUCGACUCCAUUUACUAUUGCUUUAUUACCCUGACGACAAUCGGUUUCGGCGACAUGGUCGCGCUGCAAAAGGACAACGCGCUAAAUAGGAAGCCCGAGUACGUGAUGUUCGCCCUAAUAUUUAUCCUCUUCGGCUUGGCGAUCGUGGCAGCCUCGCUUAACUUGCUAGUUCUGAGAUUCGUGACGAUGAACACGGAGGACGAGAGACGAGACGAGGCUGAAGCGUUACAGGCGGCCCAAGGCGCGGUGCGUCUCGAGGGUGACGUGAUAACGGCGAACGGCUCGAUACUGUCCUGCCAGAUCGGCAAUCACGGUAACGCGAUGUCGUUCGAGGACGAUGCAUCGGUGUGCAGCUGCCGCUGCAGCGGCUUCCAGAGGAAGCGGCGGAGACCGCGGUUCACGGUGCGCCGCUCGCCCGGCACGAUCUCGCACUUGCUGCCGAUGCAACAGUUGUCGGCGCAGAACAUACACGGUGACGACAGCGUCGAGUCGCGCUCGGUAGCGGUGACGCCGCUGCUGCAACUGCCGUCGUUGUACCAGCAUCGUGCCAGCAUUUGACGACGAUGUUCCGCCGCGAGGAGCGUGAUCCUCCUCGACGAGCAAGAGAGUAACUACCACGACGGGCCGCGACGGGUGUCCGUCUGAGAACGCGGUUUCUGCCUGGCGUACAUGCCGAUUUCAACGAAUUUUAAUCGUCGUCGAGACGCUACCAUCACCGCCACAAGUUCUUCUCUUCCUUCCUCUCUCCCUCUCUUUCUCUACCUUCUUCUCUCUAUCGAGAUCUAUUUACCUUUGGAUAUCUCUCUUCCUAUAUCUCUUUAUCUCUUUUCCUCCCUGCUCUACUCCGUUCUCGUCGAAGAAUACAAAGUGGGGUCUUGUAUGGAUAGCCGGGAGAUCGGAUGGAAUGGAUUGGACGUGAAAUCGCUGGAACUGUUGAAUCCGAAUCGAGUUAUCGGGAGUAACAACGGCGCCGAGUGCUCCUCAAUGAAGAUGUCUCAAUGCGGUGCGUUAUUUUUCCAUUUGCGAUACGCCCGUUGUUCACAAGUUUACUUCACAUAAUCAAGGAUACUCUAGGAUGCUCGUGUCUGCCGCGAGCUAUAAUAAUGAAUUUCUAAUAUAUACGUCUGCGCUGCCGAGUAACGAGGAUCGACAGUCAAGAAUCGAGACGAAGCUUUCCGUUCUGGCACUCUCAACAAAUGGCUGUGUCGUUCGCCGGCAUUGCGAAGUGCGACGUGCGAAGAUUCCGUAUGUGUGAUAAAUUUUUAGCAACGUAGCGUUUAGUUUAAGUUAUCUUCGCGUCUUCCCGGAGAUUAUUUUUGUGAGAAAGAGACGUUGAACGUUUGAACGUUUAUUGGAGUGGAGACAUACUUGUAAAAAAAAGGGCUAGCGCGAGUUCGCGAGUUCUCCUUUAUUUACGAUUCUCCUUCAAUUCGAUUCAAGGUAAAUCGCUUCUUAAUAAUAAAAAAAAGCGAUUUCGCGCAUUUCGAAACAGGAAACUGCAUUUUAUUGAAUCCUGAAACACGUUUACAGCUCACGUUUAAAACAUCAGUUGUGGCUUGAGAUAGUCAGCAAUAUAGUCCUUGUACUCGCUUCCUAAUAUUCUCAUAGCAUAUUUAGUCGCCUCUUUAGAAUAUACAAGUGGGAAGAGAAAUGUGUGAUCAUGUCGCGGGUGCAAGUAGGCGGUAAGCCGACCUUGUGAAAAAAAGUUAUGCACGUACAAAAGGCUGUGCGAGAGAGUGAUGCGCUCCGUUGCCGAAGAGGUACAAGAAAGCGAGACGGGCGAAUAAGAGGAACGUAAGAGAGCGAAUGCCGGGAUAAAAUCACGAUCGAAUGUGAGCGAACGCGCGUGGGAAUGCAUCUGUGUGUGUGUGUGUGCGCACGAAGAUGCAGAUAUAAAAAUGCGUGGAUGUACGGAUGCUGCGACGUAUGUAUCAUCUUACGUUCACGUUUUCAUGGGGAAGAGAGAGAGAGAGAAAUAUAUAUUGAAGAGAUAAAUACACACCAAAAAA